AUGCCGACCGCCGCCGACGCCGACGCCGAACCGCGCUUCGACGACGUCACGGGCGAAGCCCUCAACGUCGCCGCGCUCGAACUCCAGCGUCGCGCGACGCAGAACGACUACGUCGCCGCGCACGCACCGAGCGAAGAUUCACCGUUACGUCGCGUCCCCGCCGUCGACGUCGCGCCUGGACGGCACAAGUACGUCCUCACGCAGCUCGCGAUCGGCGACGAAGCCGCGCUCGUCGUUCGCGCGUACGCCGGAUGCGCGUACCACGCGAAUAAUUUUGAGCUGUUGACGCGCGAGUUGGCGCGACUCGGCGUCGACGCGACCGGCCGCGUCGUCGGCGGCGGUCGAUGCGAACGCGACGACGCGGCGAAGACGAUCAAGGUGUACGGGUACAGUAAAACGUUCGGGCGCACGCCGGGGUGUAACGAACGCGCGUGCGCGAUGAUUCAAGAGGCGUUUACUGGAUACCAGGCGACGUGGAGCGACGACGGGUACUGA